AUGUGUCCCAGCCUUUACAUCUGGCAGCCACAACGCGUUGCCAGCAGCGCUGCCGUGGAGCGCACAAUGCCACCGAAAGCCGUGAGUACCAAGGACAAGGCUGCCAAGAGAAAGGAGAAGCUAUUCUCGCAGGCCAAAGCAGUUUUGAAGGUUGAUCCAGAAGCGGUAAAGCGCCGAUUGGAUGAGGUCACCAACCAGCAAAAGCUGGAUGUUCAUCACGAGGUGCUGAAAGAGACUCAAGAUGAGGUCGAGGAUCAUUUUGAGUUCAUCACAAACCUUCAAGCAUUGAACCAGGCACUGCGAGAACGUGAUCACAAGCGAGAGCGGGCACAGGACUCGGUCAUGAAUAUGUUUGCGACGAAGUGUUUAAGCACCGUGCAUGCGUGGCUUCUCUCCCAGUUCGCAUUUCGUCUUAUCGAGCGGAUCCUCCUAUCGAUUGAUGACACCCUGGACUCGAAUCAGAACGGGCUCUACUUGCUCUGUUAUUCCAUCUAUGCCGUCAUCCUGGCCAUCGUCGUUCCGCCAAUCCAGAAAGGGCUCAGCAGAGUUGACAACUUCGACAAGUACACUCGGAGACAUGCCCUGGUCGACUUGCAGGUGAAAGCACUGCCCAUGAUCAUGGCGUGGGCCUUCAAGGAUGUGGUACAGUACUUUCUGAACUACACAGACCCGGACAACAAUGUCGUGUGGAAUGAGCUGGCAGUCACUGCCGGACUGGUAAUCGUGGUGGCCUUCCUGCAGCAUCUUCCUCCAGUCUCCCGUGCGGGUGCGGAACUGGCAGCAGCCACUCCUAACAACUCGAUUAUGAAUCGCUACUUGACACUGCCAUCUACGAUGUUUUUGGGCACUGGCUACGCAUUCAACCAGUUAGCGACCUACGUGGUGGACGUUCUUAGCAAAGUGGCCGACGACAACAACUCGGACGGCUCCACCGGCCAGAAUGCGGCCACCAUCUUCAAGGUGAUGUUCCAGGUCACCUACUUCGGACUAAUGGCGUUUGCAGUGAUCAGGUUCGAUGCUUGGUUCCAGGCAAGGAAGGAGAUGGCUCUGAAGAAGGAAGAGGAUGCAGAAGAAGACGACGACUACGUGACUGCCUUCGAAAUUGAAGUUGCCAAUGACAUCGGCGAUACCGUUACACAUGCGACUGCCUUCGUUUACGGCUGGGGUUUCAGUGACACACUGAGGGUCAUGUAUUUUCCAUUCUUCAACGGCUGCACAACGAUUUCGUGGUCAUCGUGCCCGCAAUCGCCGCAGUAUCCACAGGUGUGGUAUUAUGCCAUGCUGUCUUCGAUUAUCCUUGGAAGCUAUAUGAAACAGCUGAGUAUGCAAGAAUACCGAAGUACACACAGCAAGUCGUACCGCACGCUCAUGAUUACAGCCAUGUCGCUGACGGUCGGCUGGGGCUGGAUGGAUGUCUGCAAUAGUACUACCACUUUCUUCAUCUCGGAGUGGAUGAAAACCCACACAACGCUGUGGAGCAUUCCUAUCAUCUAUUUUAUCUUGCUCGUGUUUGUGUACGCGAUCUUGACGGAGAUCUACUUUCAGAUCCUGGAUGAGAUGCGAUUCUUGAAGAGGGAGCGCAGCGAAUUCCAGGAGAACUUCCCGACGAUUCCCGCCUCCGUGCGGCUGUAUCAGGGGUCAAAGCACGACCUCAAUGAUCUCGAGCAGGCGCUGCCCCGAGCUGCAGACGAAGCAGCGGACAAGAAGGACCUACACCUGUGA